AUGCAGCACCAGUAUCUUAAUCAUCAUCAUCAUCAUCAACAACAACUACCUGGCCAACAAUUAUUGCCGCCAAUACUCUACCAUUAUACAACAACGCAAGGUGCCCAUAGUAUACGCCGAUCGUUAACUAUCAAACCGGUCAAACAAAUUGCCGAAAAUUGUGACAAAGGUGUCCAACUGAGUGCAAUGGAUCCGAACCUAUACUUUCGUAGCGAAAUUGUGGACAACAUUUACGGCGGCGGCCAGAGCUCGGGUCGCGGAAAUGCGGCCGACGAGUGUGUGGUUGUCUAUACUAAUCAAUUGGAUCCCAGCCGACUCAGGCCAGUCAAACAGGAUCUCUAUGUAUAUACGGGUACAAUCAAAGUGGUGUCCGCCCAAAACGUUAUCGAUAAGCCCCGAUGCGUGAGAGCUGGUGGUGGACCAGGCAAUCAUACUGGCGCUGGUGGUGUCCCACCACAACAAUGGCCUGUAUCGGCACCAUUGCCUCAAAUGGCGGGUACCUAUGCUUCUCCACAGUAUUAUAACACAUUCAGUCCAACUGUUCAGGAAUAUCCUCUUCCUCCUCCUCCUCCUCCUCCACAAUCAUAUAUCUAUAAUACAAACAGUUAUGCUAUACCGUCAGCACCACCACUACCACCAGGUCUAUCAUUUGAAGCUUAUCAGUACAGUAGAUACUCGUCACCGCCGCCACCAUACCAGGCCGAUAACAACACCAACAACAACCCUGGAUUUAUUUAUAGUAAUGGACAGCAACCUACUACUGGUAUGCCGUCACCGGUUCAAUCAAUGUAUGAGCUGCCACCGUCAAUGCCACUCUAUACGGGCACAGGUAUUCCAAUUGUCCAACCAUUACCAGUCAAUCAAAAACUGCCAACUAGUCAACCAAUACCGGAAACUACUUGUGCUGGUCCUCAUAUAGUUUCACCAAUGGAUAAGCCGAUAGCUAAUCAACAUUAUUCAACUGAAUUGUAUGGCACCGUUACCAGUAAGCCAACCAUCCAGCCGUUUGAUGACAAUGGUCUGGUAACUGGUAAUACUCAUCAGCCAUCAUCAAAACAGGAAACGGGUAAUAAUAAUACUACUGGCCAUCAAACUAUAGGUUAUAAACAAAAUCAACCAAGUCCACAAUAUCAAACUGCUGCUAAUAAAAUUGGUCAACAACAACAACAACAACAAACUACAGGUGCCCAAUCAUCAAAGUUUGUACAAAAUCAACCUAGUCAACAAUACCAAACUGUUGAAUCUAAAAAAGUGACAAGGUCAAAUAUAUAA